AUGAAGCGAUUUUUUGCUUCUUUACGUUCUGCUAUUGCUCAGCUAGAUCAAGAUUAUUCAGGAAGUCAUAGAACGGCGAAGAUUGAUGAUGCUGAGCGUGUUGCAAUAGAUUCGUCGGCAUUGCAUUGUCCUGUUUGUUUUUGUGUAUUUGCUUCGGCACCGUUCAUUCUUAAAUGCGGUCAUUCGUUUUGUCAAAACUGUAUCAAAAAUAUUGUCGAAAAUUCAUAUUCUGAACAGAUUUUUGAAUGUCCCAUGUGUCGUCAAGUAAUUUCCUCCGAAAUUCGUUUCACUAGGAAUUAUAUAGUUGACGCCCUGCUACAGUCAGUAUGUGAAAUUGCUGAGAAUGAAAAUGAAAGUUCAGUGGAUCCUAAUUUAAGGAUUUCGUUUCAACUAAUUUCCGGAAAGUUUCUGGAAGAGCAAAAGAAAAACAAAAUUUUGCAGAAGAAAUAUGAGGAGGAACGAAUUCGUAGUCGCCGAUAUCUUAUUCUAUUAGUUAUGGAGAGUGCACUGUUGGUAGGUUUUGUGUUUUUAUACAAGUUAUUGUCUUCCUGA